CACCCGAUCAUGAUCAGAGUCCAGGAGGAGAAGAACGAGCUCGCUAUACACAUACAGCCAUGACGAGGAAGCGCUGCUACCUACGCUUCGCAACGCUCCUGGCGGGGCUCCUCUCGGCCGCCGCCUGCCUCGACUUCGGCUUCUACGACAGGAUGUGCCCCGCCGCCGAGACCAUCGUGCAGCAGACCGUCGCCGACGCGUUCAGAAACAACUCCGGCGUCGCUCCGGCGCUGAUCCGCUUGCACUUCCAUGACUGCUUCGUCAGAGGCUGCGACGGCUCGGUGCUGAUCGACUCGACGACGAACCCGAACAACACGGCGGAGAAGGACGCGCCGCCCAACAACCCCAGCCUCCGGUUCUUCGACGUGAUCGACCGCGCCAAGGCGGCCGUCGAGGCGCAGUGCCCCGGUGUGGUCUCCUGCGCCGACAUCCUCGCCUUCGCGGCCCGGGACAGCGUCGUGCUCUCCGGCGGCCUCGGCUACCAGCUGCCGGCCGGGCGCCGUGACGGCCGGAUAUCCCGCGACACGGACGCGCUCAACGACCUGCCCCCGCCCUUCUUCAACGCCACCCAGCUCGCCGACAGCUUCGCCUCCAAGAACCUCACCGUCGAGGACCUCGUCGUCCUCUCCGGCGCCCACACCAUCGGCGUCUCCCACUGCAGCAGCUUCGCCGGCGUCCCCGACAAUCCUGCCGACCGCCUGUACAACUUCAGCUCGCCUGAAAAGAUUGAUCCGGCACUGAGCAAGGCCUACGCGUUUCUGCUCAAGAGCAUCUGCCCAUCGAACAGCAGCCAGUUCUUCCCGACGACGACGACGCUCAUGGACCUCAUCACGCCGGACAAGCUCGACAACAAGUACUACGUCGGCCUGACCAACAACCUGGGCCUCUUCAUAUCGGACGCGGCGCUGCUGACCAACGCGACGAUGAAGGCGCUGGUCGACUCCUUCGUGCGCAGCGAGGCCACGUGGAAGGCCAAGUUCGCCAGGUCCAUGCUCAAGAUGGGGCAGAUUGGGGUGCUGACUGGAACGCAGGGAGAGAUCAGGCGCAACUGCAGGGUCGUCAACCCUGCUCCUCGUACCGCUGCAGGCGUUCAUCGUGUUGUCGCCGGAUCUGAUUCUUCAGGAUUCACUGGCGUGGCUGCAAGCUAAUCGAUUGUCAGUAGAUGUGUGUGUGCAGUGUGCACACUGAUGUCUAUUGUGAAUGUGUGACAUUGCAAUAAGUAAUGAGCAGAUCAGCUUGGUAGCUUGCUUGUUACAGGGACAGGGAGAAAGCACGAUCUACAUGACUCAAGAAAAAGGACUACUUGUGAGUUGUGAUCACUCUUGUAGUCUGUUGUAAGUUACUUUGAUGUUCGUUUAAUUUGUGCAUGGAGUUUGAUUGAUUGUGACGAAGAAGUGGAUCUGUGAGACGGUGCCAAAUGUUGUUGUUCUAUUAGAGUAUCUAUAUAUGCUCAUUUGACUA